AUGGAUGCCAUAACAUUCAGAUUUUUGAUGAGCUUAGCAGCGUCUCAAAAUCUUGAAAUGUAUCUCAUGGAUGUUGUGACAGCAUAUCUAUAUGGAUCUCUUGAAAAUGAGAUAUAUAUGAAAAUCCCAGAAGGAUUAAAAAUGCCUGAGGAUUUGAAAUCAAAGGCUAAGGAGAUCUGUUCGGUCAGAUUACAGCGAUCACUUUAUGGACUAAAACAGUCCGGACGCAUGUGGUAUAAUCGCUUAAGUGAAUAUUUGUUGAGUAAAGAUUACGUCAACAAUGCGAUAUGCCCUUGCGUAUUCAUUAAGAAAUCCUCUUCAGGAUUUGUGAUUAUUGCUGUAUAUGUAGAUGACCUGAACAUGAUUGGAACUCAAAAGGAAAUUGAUGAUGCAAGAACUCAUAUGAAAGAAGAGUUUGAAAUGAAAGAUCUUGGAAAGACAAAGUUUUGUCUUGGGCUCCAGAUAGAGCAUUUCCAAGAUGGUAUAUUUGUGCAUCAGUCAAAUUACACUAAAAGAGUGUUAAAACGCUUUUAUAUGGACAAAGCAACUCCUUUGAGUACUCCAAUGGUUAAUAGAUCUCUUGAUGUUGAAAAGGAUCCAUUCCGUCCUUGUGAGGAUAACGAGGAAGUGUUAGGUCCUGAAGAUAUCUAUCAGAUCCACACAAAGCUAGAUCACAAACAGGUUAUGUUUUCACAAUUGGUGGAACCGCGGUCUCCUGGCGUUCGCAAAAGCAAACUUUGGUUGCAACGUCUUCAAAUUAUGCAGAAACUAUUGCUCUCCAUGAAGCAUGUAGAGAGUGUGUGUGGCUCCGGUCUAUGA